GAUUGAGACGCUGACCUGGCUUGUAGUAGAUGCUAUUAUCCCCCCGAAAGACACAACACCUCCUCCGACCAACCACCGAUCCUCUUCAAGAGCUGGUGAUGUGAUUUUUGAGCGCGCGAGUCAAUGUUGUGCUUGGCCCAUUCUUACGCUACUCCGUCGCUUCGAGUAACGGGUCACUACCUACAGUGAUGGUUAAAAAAUACUGUCCCCCUCACCAUAUUGGAUAUGUGGGUGAGAGGGACAGUAUCUUUUGACUAUGAGUUUACCAUCUUCACACUGCCAAUCGUUCGCGGUCAAUGCUCGCCCAACAGCGCUGCGAAAUCCUUCAGAAGAGUCAUGACAUUGGGAACUGAAGAAUGCGACGUGUCCCCUCUCCCACAUUUAACCUUUGCGGUAUUCCCCAGUUGGGGUGCUACUGUACCGCAGCCUGCAGGGCCAAGAACCCCCUGCCACUCAGGUGAUUCUUGCAACCCCAAAUGGCGGUUACCGUGCCCGGGACUGGGCGUUACAACCCCGGACGGCAUGUAAAACACUUUGUGAGUUCGAGAAGACUGCCGGUUGCCGGUCGCAGUCGAGGCCAUUUUCAGUACAAUUCCAAGCAGAGGGGAAGGGUUGCAAUGCUUCCAGUAGUCGAAAACCGCCUGGUCACAGAAAAAGGUGAAAGCAUGCAUAGUCAGGAGGGGCUAUUGCUACAGGAUCCUGCAGCGGUGCAGAAAGCGUGCCUGGCACAUGUCAAUUGGUCCGCUGCCCGGUCUCUUUUUGACACCAAGAAACCAAGCGCCGCAUCACGGUGCCACGAUGGCCUGUCCAAGUCCUCAUAGGGCCGCGGAAGGAAGGCAUCCUAUAACUUUGCAAUGCCUGUUGCAUUGUUCACGGUGAAUGGAACGCUAAAACUUUAGUGUAUAAUGCCAUCGUUGGCCUUCCUCAACCCUCCCGCCCUCGCUGUUUAAAAUGUGGCCCAGUUUCCUUUCCUGCUCCCGAACCUACAACCAAGCUUGAACCCGUAGCCGUCCGUCAUCUUUCGGAUACUUUUCCCAGCACUCAGCUUGUUUCGCUCUCGUUGUUUCACUCACCAAAACCCCAAGCAUGGCAACCGAGCCUGCACAGCAGCAACCAUUGCUCAACAAUGAGGAGCAAGCCGCAAUUGGUAUUCUUCCUCCUUCGCAUUGGGAGGAGCAAUCCACCGUAGAGGACCCCGACGAUGAUUCGGCUUCAACCAUUGGAUCGUUCAUUUCCAGCACCGCCUCGCUGAGCUCUACCAUCUUUGAGUAUCGCACCAUUCAUGGAAGAACAUAUCACGGCGAGAUGGGCAGUGCUGAAUCCUGGGAGCCCAACGAUGAACGUCACAGUGAAGCGUUGGACCUUGCUCAACAUGUGUACACAGUGGUACUGGACGGGAAGCUCUUCAAUGCUCCUCUCGAUAAAAAGAAAGUGCAGAAAGUCGUCGAUAUUGGAACAGGAACGGGCUUAUGGGCAAUCGACUUUGCCGACGAAUUUCCAAAUGCCGAGGUGAUCGGUACGGAUAUUACCCCUAUUCAGCCCACGUGGGUUCCAGCCAAUGUAAAGUUCGAACUCGACGAUUGUAACUCGGAGUGGACUUGGCCCGACAACACUUUCGACUUCAUCCACAUGAGAAUGCUGUUCGGUAUCGUCGAGGAUUGGGACGCUAUAUUUCGUCAAGCUUACCGUACUUGUAAGCCCGGUGGCUAUACCGAAAGCUUUGUUUGCGACAGCACCUUCAGGAGCGAAGAUGACACGGUGAAAGAUGAUAGCGCUCUUGCCCAGUGGGGAAAGGUCUGGAAUGCGGCAGGGAGGAAGAUGGGACGGACAUUCGAGGUUUUCGCUCACAAUCUCCAGCAGAAGGGUAUGGAGGCGGCGGGCUUUGUGGACAUUGAAGUCAAAGACUACUACGUACCCCUUGGUGUUUGGCACAAGGACAAAGUCCUGGCCGAAAAAGGCCUUUGGUGGAAAAUUCAUUGCGAGAGUGAUCUUGAAGGCUACCUGAACUACCCGUUCAACGCGGUGAUGGGGUGGACUCCGGCGCAAACUGGCGUAUAUGCCGCUCAGCUUAGGAAGGAGCUCGGUGACCCGAAAUACCACGCCUACACCACGGUACGUUGUGUUUGGGGUCGUAAGCCAGAGUAAGAACUCUUUGGAUGUGUCUAUUCUCAUCCAAACGGUGGUUCAACAAAUGGAGUGUUGGCAGGUCAUGUCCUGUCACGAAGCUGGCGAAGAUAAGCAUAGAAGGCACACAAUGGCCCACCUCAGUUCAUGCAACCCACAUCCAAUGCCAAACCCCCGUUAUGCAAGCAAUUCUCGCGGUCGAAUUGUAGUGUACACCACCCUUCAAGUGGUAUUAUGGCCCCG